GAGAUGAGGUGCGCGCUUCCCCCUCUUCCCUCACUCCCCCCCCCCCUCUUCCCUCACUUCCCCCUCUUCCCUCGCUUCCCGCUCUCCCUCGCUUCCUCUUCCCUCCCCCUCUUCCCUCGCCUCCCCCCACUUCUCCCGCUUCUCCCUCUUUCCUCGCUUUUCCCUCCUCGCCUCCCCUUCUGCCCUCUCUUUUCUUGCCUCCCCUCGUCUCUCUCAACCCCACUCUACGAUCCACUCCCUUCAUCCCCGUCUUCCCUCACUCCCCCUCUCUCUUCCCUAAGGCACCACGCCAGGUGCAGGAUUCCAAGAGGCUGAGGCGCAUCAUGCAGACCAUUCUGUCCCUGGGGAACGCGCUCAACCAGGGCACUGCUAGGGGCUCUGCUGUGGGGUUCAAGCUUUCACCCACCACUCCCUCUCUCCUCUCUUCCCUGUCGCCGCUGUUCCCUAUGGCACCACACCAGGUGCGGGAUUUCAAGAGGCUGAGGCGCAUCAUGCAGACCAUUCUAUUUCUGGGGAAUGCGCUCAACGCAAUCAGGGCACCGCCAGCCACUGGCUCUGCCGGCCGUGGGGUUCAACCUCCUUUUGAGUCGACUCAAAUGCCGGCCGUGGGGUUCAACCUCCUUUUGAGUCGACUCAAAUGCCGGCCGUGGGGUUCAACCUCCUUUUGA